CAAAAUUAUUUUUAAAAAUAGAAAGUAAACCUUUUUUGAAACGAAUUAAAAAAGAAAAUGACUCGGGGUGUCGACAGUGCUCCGUUCGAAAAUUGAUAAUUCAUAUCCCUCCGAACUCCCACCCUGACCCAAACUCGCCCUCCACCACCUUCAAUUGCACCCCACAAAAUCAACUAAAUCUUUUGUGGUGGAAUUAAAGGUGGUGGGGGUGGGUUCAGAAUUGGGUCGCAAUGGGAGUUUACCGGGGUGUUCGGAGAGAUUUCAAAACUCAUAUCAUUUCUUUCAGAUUUCGGAACUCAUAUCUUAUCAUAUCCUCAAAACUCACUAAACGGACCCUUAGGUGGUAUCAAUAUGGAGAUUUGAUAUCUCCCUCACUUGUUUGGGCGCGAAAAGACACUGAGCACGCAAAGAGUACUGUGUAUAUCAUUAUCCUUGGAACAAACAACAACGUUACUCUAGUGCCUCAACGGCUCCCGCCCAUUGCGAAAGUAAGAGGGGUCGGAUGUCCCCAGUGCCUCAACGGCUCCCGCCCAUUGCGGAGUAAGAUGAGUCGGAUAUACGCAGUCUGAUUAAAACAUAAAGCAGUUGUUUCCUG